AUGUAUGAGGUUGAGAUAAAGGUGAGGGGAGGAGGGUCCUUUGAGGUUUUCCUCUGCAACACCACAAAGCGGUUCAAAGAGCUGACCGUGGAGGAUCUGUGGGACAAGGUUCAGCAGGAAAAAGAGCGCUACAACUCAGAAAACUACCGGCUGUUAUUUGAGGGAUCCAUUUUGGAUGAAGACGACUCUCUGUAUGAGUCUGGGAUCAGGAACGGCUCCGUGAUUAUUUUGGAGUCUGUGAGACGUGAACCCAGUCUCUCCGGAACCUUGUGCAUACGCAGAAACAGCAUGGACCGACUGGCAGACUUUGAUGCUGUGGCCCUCAGCAGGAGGAGGAGACAGGCUGUGGCCCUCAGCAGGAGGAGGAGACAGGCUGUGGCCCUCAGCAGGAGGAGGAGACAUGCUGUGGCACUCAGCAGGAGGAGGAGACAGGCUGUGGCCCUCAGCAGGAGGAGGAGACAUCCUGUGGCACUCAGCAGGAGGAGGAGACAGGCUGUGGCCCUCAUCAGGAGGAGGAGACAGGCUGUGGCCCUCAGCAGGAGGAGGAGACAGGCUGUGGCCCUCAUCAGGAGGAGGAGACAGGCUGUGGCCCUCAGCAGGAGGAGGAGACAGGCUGUGGCCCUCAUCAGGAGGAGGAGACAGGCUGUGGCCCUCAGCAGGAGGAGGAGACAGGCUGUGGCCCUCAUCAGGAGGAGGAGACAGGCUGUGGCCCUCAGCAGGAGGAGGAGACAGGCUGUGGCCCUCAUCAGGAGGAGGAGACAGGCUGUGGCCCUCAGCAGGAGGAGGAGACAGGCUGUGGCCCUCAGCAGGAGGAGGAGACAGUCUUCCCUGUAG